AAAAAAACUGCUUUCAAGAUCAUAAACCCUUGUUCAAGUUUUUUCUAUCUUCUCACGCGUUUUUUUGUUUAAAUUUAUUUCAGGCAAUACAAAAACCUUUAAAUAAAAAUAAUCAACACAAAUUUCACAAUCUUUUUGAUGAAAACAAUAAUUCGAAGCAUCUCAAAAUCCUCAAAGACACGUCAUAACAAUUAAAUUGAAAUCAAGUGAACAAAAAAAUUUCGGCGUUCGCACAGUGCCAAAAGUGCCUUUGGUUCUUUGUUUUUUUUUUUCUAUUCGUAAAAAAAUCUUAUCGGGCUCACGGUGUUUAAUAAAAUAUUAUUUAUAUUUGGAAAUUACCACCUUCCUACACACAAACUGAUUUUUGUUAUUUCAAAUUAAAAGCAAAAACAACUUGAGUUAUUUUAAGAUAAAAAAAUCUCAUAAAAAACCAUUUGGCAGUCUUGUUAAAAAGACGGACAAACGCCAUCGCCACCAACACCAUCACUGCCGAUGCCUCCGUUGCAAUAAACAAAGAAAAGAAGAAGAACAAACCAAUUGGAAAAAACAGAACGACGACAAAAAAGCACAAUCGUCUCUAAAUACGUGAGGAGGACUUGUGUGCGCUAGUUAACACACAAUUUAACAAUUUUUAUACUGAAACAAUAGCGAAAGCGAACACGCGACGCGUUUUAAAAAAAAUAGUACAAAGUACAAUAUUGUUUAUAAUAAUAUAAUAUUUUGAUUUAUUUCUUUCCGAUCGAGUGUGCUUAAAAUUUCAUUAUGAAAAUCACGGUUACUACUUUGACGGACGAAAUUUUUGUCCUCGAUGUUUCGGAGGAUUUGGAGCUGGAGAACUUUAAAGCAUUUUGUGAAGUUGAAUCUCGAGUUCCAGGACCACAAAUCCUUGUGCUCUUUAAUGGACAACCUUUGAUGGAUGACAAGAAAUCUCUUAAAUCUUAUGGAAUGAGUGACGGGGACUGCGUUGUCAUUCAGCGCAUUAGUUUGAAUAGAAAUGCGCCUGCUGCUGGAACAGCGGGGGGUGGACGUGUUUUAGGCACGGGUGCACUCUCGCCACUGAGUUCACUGGAUUUUAGUAGUAUACACAUCCCCGGUACAUCAUCGCAGCCAGUUCAGCCAAAAGAAGUAACAGUCGGCGAAGAUGAGGAUCCCGCAAGUGUGAGACAGAUGUUUCUAACAAGUCCGGAACAUUUGUCACUCUUGAAGCAAAACAACCCACGUUUAGCAGAUGCUCUGCUUUCGGGUAAUUUGGAGGCGUUUGCCAAAGUUUUGCGGGAACAAAUCGAAGAAAAGAAAGAAAGAGAAAUGCAACGCUUAAGAAUGUUGCAAGCUGACCCCUUUGAUACUGAGGCACAACGCAUGAUUGCCGAAGAGAUCAAACAGAAGAAUAUUCAAGAUAAUAUGGCUGCGGCUAUAGAAUAUAACCCUGAGAUAUUUGGCACAGUUACAAUGCUGUAUAUCAACUGCAAAGUGAAUGGUGUGCCUGUUAAAGCAUUCAUUGACUCGGGGGCGCAGACGACUAUCAUGAGUGCUUCUUGUGCGGAAAAGUGUCACAUUAAUCGAUUAAUAGAUACCAGAUGGAAUGGAAUUGCUAAAGGAGUGGGCACACAGCGCAUUAUUGGACGCAUUCACAUGGUACAAAUGCAAAUCGAGAAUGACCAUUUGACGUCGAGUUUCUCUGUAUUGGAACAGCAACCAAUGGAUAUGUUGUUGGGAUUGGAUAUGUUAAAAAGACAUCAGAUGAACAUCGAUCUUCAACGAAAUGUACUACGUAUCGGAACCACUGGAACUGAGACUCAAUUCUUGCCAGAAAAUGAACUCCCAGAUUGUGCACGCCUUUCCGGUGGUUCAGAUGAAAUGAAUGAAAUGAGUGUUGUAGAAGAAUCUACACGAACUGCAGAAGAUGAUGCAAUCCGCAAAGCAAUCGAAGCCAGUAAGAUGGACACUGAUUCACCAUCUACUUCGCAACCCCCAAAGUCGAAAAACAAUGAUGAGAAAUUCACAGAAGCUGAUGUCAAUGAUCUAGUGAAAUUAGGUUUCAAACGUGAUGACGUUAUAGCUGAACUACGAAAACAAAAUGGCAAUAAAACACAAGCCACUGCUGCAUUGAUUGCAAAAUCAUUGAAAUUUUAAUAUAAAUCAUCAUCAAUAUUAGAAUUAAUAAUAAAUGCAGCGAAUUCAUGAAAAUCCACCAAUAACUUAAACAAACGAAGCCUAUCAUCUGAAAUCUACCUCAGGCUUGAGCAUUUACAAACAAAAUAAAAACACCAACAACACACGAAAACGAUAACAUGCCGUGAAGUGAAGAGUAUAAUCGAGUGUUAGACAAAAAACCCAAAAAUGGACUUCAAUUACAUUUAUUUACACAAUUUCUAUUAAAUUUAUAUAAACAAAUAUCAAUAAGUUAGUGCAAAUAACUUUUAAUCAAUUUCGCCUAAGUUUUUGUUUAUAUCUGAUCAUAUAAUGUAACAUUGGAUUAUAUUAAUUGAGAUAAAACAAUUUAUUUGGGUUAAAUUUAUGAGCUGGGAUAAUCUAUUGUGUUUUUCUUCUUUCUUUUUUUCUUUUGGGGGAAGUUGACUGAUUGUGAGUUUAAAGAAAAUAAAAUCAAUAAUCUAGAGUA